CUCGCCCGCUCACUAUCCUCCAGUUCCACUUGCGUCGCGAACAUGGCGGACGUGGAGCGACUGCGAGAGACUGGAGAAAAGGCGGCUGCAGAGGCGACUUUGCUGAACGGGGAAGCCGGCGAAAAGGACGAAGCCGACCCCGGCGAGGAAACAGCCAAGAGGCGGAGGAAAAAGAAGAAGAAGACCAAGUCUGCAGCUCCCGCCGCAGGACACACGGAGGUGGAUGGUGACGGAGUGUGUGACGUGAGCAAACAGCUGGAGCAGCAGACUCUGGAGGAGAAGGAGAAAGAAGGGGAUGAUGAUGGAGGAGAGGAGGAUGGGGAGGAGGGAGAGAACUCAGCUGGGAAAAAGAAGAAGAAGAAGAAAAAGAAGAAAGCAGGACCGCCCCUCUCUCUGUCUGUGUUGUGUGCAGCCAAGGUGCAGACGGACCCCCCCUCUGUGCCCAUGUGUGAGCUGUACCCCAGCGGGGAGUUUCCACUGGGCCAGGAGUGUGAAUACCCCCCCUCUCAGGACGGUCGCAGUGCUGCCUGGCGCGCCACUAGCGAGGAGAAGCGGGCGAUGGACAAGGCCAAUGAGGAGAUGUGGAGCGAUUACAGACAAGCAGCCGAGGCUCACAGACAGGUCCGGCAGUACGUCAAGAGCUGGAUCCGACCCGGCAUGGCCAUGAUAGACAUCUGCGAGCGUCUGGAGGGCUGCUCCCGGACACUGAUCAAGGAGGACGGCCUGAAUGCAGGACUGGCCUUCCCCACGGGCUGCUCCCUCAACAACUGCGCCGCUCACUACACCCCCAACGCGGGCGACCCCACGGUCCUGCAGUACGACGACGUGUGUAAGAUCGACUUUGGCACACACAUCAACGGGCGGAUCAUUGAUUGUGCCUUCACCGUCAUCUUCAACCCAAAGUAUGACCGGCUCCUGGAGGCUGUGAAAGACGCCACUGACACCGGCAUCAGGAUUGCUGGUAUAGAUGUGCGUCUGUGUGAUGUGGGCGAGUCGAUACAGGAAGUGAUGGAGUCCUAUGAGGUGGAGAUUGAUGGGAAAACAUUCCAAGUGAAGCCUAUCAGGAAUCUGAAUGGUCACUCUAUUGGACAGUACAGGAUCCACGCCGGAAAGACGGUCCCAAUCGUGAAAGGAGGAGAAGCCACAAGGAUGGAGGAGAACGAGGUGUACGCUAUCGAGACUUUCGGGAGCACAGGGAAGGGUGUUGUGCAUGAUGACAUGGAGUGCUCUCAUUACAUGAAGAACUUUGACGUGGGACAUGUGCCCAUCAGGCUACCUCGUGCCAAGCACCUGCUGAACGUGAUCAACGAGAACUUUGGCACGCUGGCGUUCUGCCGCCGCUGGCUGGACAGGCUGGGCGAGAGCAAGUACCUGAUGGCGCUCAAGAACCUGUGCGACCUGGGCAUCAUCGACCCGUACCCGCCGCUCUGCGACGCCAAGGGCAGCCACACCGCUCAGUUCGAGCACACCAUCCUGCUGCGGCCCACCUGCAAGGAGGUGGUCAGCAGGGGGGACGACUACUGACACACACACACACACACACACACACACACACACA